AAACACAUACAACAAGUCUUUGACAUCCAUUUCAACCUUGCACUUCCUAUUGCAUUGCUUGCGCAUUAUCGUAUACCUUUGGAUUCAGCAUCUAGUAGCUUUCUACGAUUAAUAAGGCCGUAUCCUUAUCGUGGACGCACCAUACGGUGCUCACCAUUGCAUCGACUAUUUUACCACGAUAUCUUCCGCUUUUAUCACGGCUCCAGGCGCCAUAAGAUUCGGGACUCUGUACAGUCUCUCUACUUCCCUCUUCUCGACGUAUCUCGAACAACGUUGCGCCUGGCAAAUAUCAUUACCCCACAUUUUACCUUCGUCUUUCAUAAUCUAUCAUUAUCCCAUGUCGUCCAACCGGCCAUGAUUCGCAGUAAUCAUGCCCUUUCCCUUUGUAUUCGUGUGCGAUAUCCUCGAGACGCUCGAGCGUCUGUUCCGCGGCCAGGUACCUCUUCUUACCAAGGACUUGAAUGCUCGAGUGAACUUGGAAGUCACGAAGUGGUUCAAAGGCCAUCGAGCCAAGUUCGAUGCCUGGGAUACCAACGCAGAUGCUGUCAUGGCUAUGCUGCGACCAGAUCAGCAGCAUGACAGGGUAUAUGGGAUCACCUCAGAAAACCUUCAGCCGACCAUCGCAAGAGCACUAAAGCUUUCGAAGCAGCAAUACAUCGAUCUGCAACAAUGGCACGACUCUGAAAUCGUGGACCUUGCUGGUUGUGUACAACGAGUCAUGCAGAAGAUGAAAUAUGGUACAAGUUCAGAAGCCAAAUCGGUGAUGGUGGAAGACAUCGACCAAGCAUUACUUCAGAUCGCUGCAUUCCACCCAAGCUCUUCAGCAGAGGUUCGGGAUCUGGCAAAGACGUGGGAGACGUCCGACGAACCAGAGGCUCUUGGCAAACUCUAUCGGCGACUUCAAGCUAAGGAAGCAAAGUGGCUCACACGCCUUAUUUUAAAGAGCUAUGCCCCUGUCAAGUUCCCAGACGCACUCAGCAUGGUAGCAGGCCUGACCCAACUCCCUCGGUGCAUGUCGAUCAAUAUACAGAUUCCUAGCUCUGCUCCGUCUGCUGUGCGGCAGCUAGGUACAGGCGUCAUCAGAGGAAUUGUGUCAUCAGACCCAGCUCCUCUACCAACCCCACCAAUGUCAUCUCCUCUGAAAAACAUGGCUCAGACACCCACAAUCCAAAUCAAUACGGCUCCUCUGGGUGUCGUUCUAGCAUCAUCAACAUAUUCUCAUAGCCCUCGAUCUAUUAUCGAGCAAAGUCCACGUCGCAGCACAACCCCUAAGUCCCCGAAGCGCUCAGCUGCUUUCGAGGUCAUGCCCAGUCCGUCAAGGCGACCUGUCCUCGGCACAAUCUCAGCAAACUUACCUCGAGCCUCCCCACAAAAAUCCCCUCCGAACAGCAGCCCACCAGAGACGGGGCCAGCUCUUCGGAUCUCAGGCCAUGGGAUCUGUCGCCUCGCGGACGACACUUGCAAGCUUGCUGGAUGCCUAUUCCUAGUUUCUCCUUGUGUGGCAAGCACGCCCUGGUUAAUGGAUGACAUGCUUCCUCGACAUGGUGCUCGGAUCAUUACCUCUCUACCUGCUCUCUCGCAUCCCUCUUUACCUCGACAUUGCCCUCUAACCGGCCGACGAUAUCGAAAGAUAGCACUCGUCGAGUCGAAUCGAGCCGAGCACACAGCCCACUUCAUAAAGAGUAUCGGCAAGCUAAGCUUGAAGCGAAAAGGCAGGAAGGAGUGGGUGGAAGUCUACGAUUGGCGAUUACUAGAAUGCUUCACGAAGGUGGAGCAAGGGAGAACAGCUGGUUAUGAUCCUUGGAAGCGUUGCUGGAUUGGGGCUGUCUAGUCUUUUUCUUUCUUAUUUGCAUUCGGGAUUUGGUAUAGCGGGAUUAGGCACUUAAGGUAGCAUGGGAAGGUUGGAUGCAUGGACAGUUAUACCCUAGCAUCUUCGGCGUUGGUUUGUUAGCAUUUUGAAUAUGAAGCAAG